AUGCCUUUUGAUUUAUCUAGCAGCAAAGCAGGUUCAAAAGUGUCAGGUUUUUUAUCUCUAGUUCUUGCAUCUUUUCUGUUCGCUAUUUGUCUUGGAUUAGUAGUAGAGGCUGAGCAUUCGUCCACAAAUAUUGGAGCAAUUAUCGAUGUUGAUUCCCGCGUUGGGAAGGAACAGAAGAUGGCCAUGAUCAUGGCCGUGCAGAACUUCAACAACAAUUCAAGGAAUCACAGGCUAAAGAUUUAUUUCAGAAAAACCAGCGAGGACCCUGUUCAGACUGUUUCAACAGCUGAAGAGCUGAUUGGCAGGAAACAAGUGCAGGUUAUCAUUGGGACGCGAACAUGGGAGGAAGCAGCUUUAGCUGCCGAUGUUGGAAAGAAAGCGCAAGUGCCAGUCCUUUCAUUAGCAGCAGCUUCCAGUACACUGCCAUCGACCCAGAAUCGAUGGCCCUUCUUGGUACAAAUGGCGACCGAUAGCAAGGAACAGAUAAAUUGUAUUGCAGAUAUUGUCAAUUCCUACCACUGGCGAAAAAUCAUUACUAUUCAUGAAGAUAACAGUUAUUUUGCUAAUUCCGAGUCACAUAUUACGUUAUCCAAAGCUCUUGAAAAUGUUAGCUCUAUUGAAUAUGAUCUGACCCUUCCACCUUUCUAUUCUCUAACUGAUCCAAAAAGGUAUGUUAGAGAAGAAGUAGCAAAGCUAAAGACGAAGCAGUCUCGUGUUUUUAUUGUUCUUCAAUCGUCUUUACCACUGGCUACGCAUUUAUUAAGAGAAGCGAAGGAGAAUGGACUAAUGGGUAGAGAUUCAGUAUGGAUUCUGACAGACUCUAUUUCGGAUCUUCUGGAUUCUGUUGAUCCCUCUUUCAUUUCGUCCACGCAAGGUGCUAUAGGGAUUAAGAGCUACUAUUCAGAAAGCAACCGGCAUUUUCUAGACCUGAAAGAUCAAUUCCGAAAGAAUUUCUCAUGGACGUACCCAGAUGAAGUCAAUUUGGAUCCUGGAAUCCAUGCUCUAAAAGCAUACGAUAGCAUUACAGCUAUUGCCGAAGCAGUAAAAGAAUUAGGUAUGAACAGUACUAGUCGUCCAAAAUUGCUGCUCAAUGAAAUUCAAUCCAGCAAUUUCAUUGGACUAAGUGGUGAAAUUCGUUUCCAUGGUGGAAAAUUACAGCGGAAAUCUACAUUUAAGAUUGUUAACAUUGUUAACACGACGUAUAAAGAGCUAGGCAUCUGGUCAUCAAAAUUUGGCUUCUCAGAGAGGUCUGUGGAGGAGAAGGGCAGUGGGGUUAUUGGUGAAUUCCUCAGCUCGGUAAAUUGGCCAGGGGAAUUGGAUCGAGUCCCAAAAGGAUGGGCAAUGCCUACUGCUGCAGACCCCAUGAAAAUUGGAGUUCCGGAAAACCAUCUUCCUUUUACAAUUUGGAACAAAACAUCAAAUGAAUCAAAUGACAACGAAUUCGAUGGUUUUUGCAUUAAACUUUUCGAAGAGGUGGUAAAAGAGUUGAGCAAAUGUUAUACCCUGCAUUAUAAAUUUGUGCCCUUCAAUGGUAGCCACAAUGAACUGGUUGAGAAUGUCAGGAAUAAGAAAUUUGCUGCUGCAGUGGGCGACAUAACCAUCUUAACCAACCGGUCAAAAUCCGUGGAAUUUACUCUACCAUUUAUGGAAUCUGACUUGCAAAUGAUGGUUCCAGUGAAAUCUGAACCCCAGAUGGCAUUGAUGUUUGUUAAACCUUUCACUAGGAACAUGUGGAUGGUUACUUUAGCCAUUUUAUUUUACACGAUGUUCGUUGUUUGGUUUAUAGAGCAUCAGACUAAUGAAGAAUUUAAAGGGUCAAGGAAACAUCAGCUUGGAACUGCAAUGUGGUUCACAUUCUCUUCUCUAUUCUUCGUUCAUAAAGAAAAAAUUAAAAGCAACUAUACAAAACUGGUGGUUGUGGUGUGGCUCUUUGUUGUAUUGGUAUUAUCCUCAAGUUACAAGGCUAGCCUCACUUCAAUGCUGACUGUCUCAAGACUCGAGCCAAGUGUGACUGGUUUAGAUUUGAUAAAGAGUACAAAUGCAUCAGUAGGAGUCGAUAAUGCCUCUUUUGUAAAAGAUUAUCUGAGGGAUGUACUUGAACUUAAAAAUAUCAAAAUCAUCAGCGACUAUAACAAAUUUCCGGAGGAAUUUAAGAGAGAGAGUAUUUCAGCUGCAUUUCUUGAUGCUCCUCACCAGAAAGUUUUUCUCAAUGAGCAUUGCAAAGAUUACACCGUGACUGGACCUACCUACAGUUUUGGAGGACUGGGAUUUGUAUUCCAGAAAGGCUCCCCAAUAGCUCGCGAUGUUUCUGAAGCCAUUCUAACUUUAAUGGAGACUGGAAGGAUUAAAGAAUUGGAAAAUGAAUACCACCUUGGUUCCUCGGACAAUUGUUCAAAUUCUGGAACAGAAAGUUUGAGUCUCAAGAGUUUCUGGGGUUUAUUCCUUGUUUCUGUCGCCAUUUCAACUCUCUGUCUCCUCAUUUACAUUCUUGAGUUGUUGAAAAAGAAAUCACAAGACAGCCAAGUACAUUCAUAUGAUCUUGCUCAAAAUGUCCAGGGCGUUCUUCCUGACACAAUGGCUAGUUUGGCGCAGUUUUUUCAUGGUGGAAGGCCGAAGCCUCUAACGAGGAGGAGUACGUUUACUUGA